AUGAAGACAACCACUUUCGCAACUCUCGUCAGCGGGGCCGCUGCGCAAUGGUGGGGAGGCGCGCCUGACUGUGCUCAUUCCUGCCUGUCCUCCUACUGGGGGAGCCAAACCCCAACAUCAAACUGGCCGGAGCCGACAUCCUACUGUACGGCCGAUACCAACAGCGGACCCGGCUCAUGCCUGUCCAGCGCGUGCUCUGCGACCCCGACAGCCUGGUCCUCCUACUCGUCCGCUUCGGCGAGCAUUUGCAACGCCUGGUCAUCGUGCUCCUCUGCUGGCUCCACCGGCGUCUACACCGUGUCGUGGCCCGGCCCCUCGAGCGGCUGGGGCCAGGGCGGCGGCGGCAACGGCCAGGGAUGGAGCAGCUCCGGCACUAGCGGAUACGGAGGAAACGGAGGAAACGGAGGCCGCGGUGGUGGCGGCGGAGGUUUCGGCGGCGGCAACGGCGGCAGCGGCGGCGGCAACGGCGGCAGCGGCGGCGGCAGUAACAGCAACUGGGGCGGCUGGGGCGGCUGGACGUCGAGCUACACGGCCAGCGUCGUCACGGUCACGGGGUGCCCCUGGGACGGGAGCCCGUGGAUGGGCCCCGGCCGCGAGGGCGACAAUGGAGGCUGGGGCGGCUGGGGCGACUGGGGCCACGGCUGGACCUGGACCACCCGCAGCACCACCGUCACCGCGUCGGUGACCGGCGGGGACGGGAGCGUCACCCUCUCUACCGGCCUUGCGCAGGUUGCCGAGGCGGUCAGCGGCAGUGUGACGAGCACGACCACCCUGACUGGUAGCGAUGCCACCGCUACUGCGUCUUCGGCCAGCUCGACCUCCACUGGAUCGACCUCGGGCGCUGCGCCCGCUGCGAAGGUGGACCGGGGCGUCGUUGCCGCUGGUGCGGUCUUGGGCGGUCUUGUUGGUGUCAUGGCUGUGUUGUAA